CUCGUCCCAACCCUAUUCCCGCUCUGGGCCGAGCACAGAGUACAAUUCGCGACUGACCGGGCGCCCGGCAGCGCUACGAACGAACGAAAUAGCAACCGUGUACACGACCCCGAAUUCAAACCCUGUGUUUAGUGUUACUAGGACUUUUUUUAAUUGGUUGGUGUUCGCGGAUCGCAGAACGCUUGACGAGAUCACUUCAAAAUGGCUGAAAACGGAUACGGGCCCACGCCUGUCGUUGGUCACAUCGGCAGAAUCCCAAACUACGGUAAAACACAAGUAAAUCAAUUUGGUAACGCAGAACCUCCUGCAUGUAUUCAAAACGCUAUGAUGACAAAGGAUAAGAAACCCUUCACUUAUACACCAGGUGGCUUGGAUUUAUCACAAAUAAAGACGCCAAGUAUGGCCAGAAGAUUAGCCCGUCAGCGAUCUUUGGAAGAUCAUGAUCAAUCAAAUCCACAAGGAAAUGGAAAUUACAAUCCACAAGGAGGGCCAGCGCCACCUCCGCCGCCUCCUAUGAAAAUACCAGCUCCUCCCCCACCACCCCCUCUUGUUAUUGAAGCUCCAAACAGCAAAUCCCCAAAACCAAUUGCAACGGGUGAAAGACCAGAAAUAGUUAUACCAGAAAAUCCUAUUGGAAUGCUCAGAAAGACAAACAGCCCCUACCAUUGGGAGGCAGAAAAAGCUGAGCUACAGCGUAUAGGCCCUGUUCCUAAAUUUGUUGAAAAGGUGCCAAGCCCUUUGACUGUUAAACUGCCACAACAUAAUGUUCCCCAGCAUUAUGGAUCACCGCAAUCUAAUUAUCAGAGGCAGAACACUUAUGGAAAUCAACAUUCAUCGCCUGAUAGCCCGCUACACAGACCUGAAGCUCAAUAUGGUAACCAGAAAACGAUGUCUCCAAACAUGAAUGGCUCUCCUCCAAUGAGAGAAAUCCUACAGCGUCAAGACUCGCAAUUUAACAAGAGUCCACAGCCAUUUGCAAAUCAAUCACCAUUCAAUAAUACUGCUCCUUACUCUCCAGCACCAAACAAUCAUUGGCGGCAACCAGAAAGAAGGGAUUCACCUGUUAUAACUAGCCCACACUCGCCUCAAGCAAAUCGUGGACCGUUUUCACCAAAUGUUCAACAAAAUUCACCUAUAUACAAUCAGGUUCCACAAAGUAACGUUUUCCAUACAUUACCUAGAGUUGGACAAAGAAAUCAAGAUAACGUUACAAAUAAUGUGCAAAACUAUGGAAAUCCUGUUAAUAACAAUGUCAGAGAAGUGCCGCAACAGAAUUUCAAUUCAAACACGGAACUGGAAAACACUGCACCGUGGCGUACUAAUACAUUGAAUAGAUAUCCACGUGAAAAUCAACAAUCAUUGAAUAAUGAACAAAAUAUUAAUCACAAUCAAUCAUACACACCGCAAUGGAGAGGAAAUGAUGCUAUUAAUAAACCAUCUGAGAAUAAUUCAAAUCCUUCUUGGAAACGAGACAAUAUAAACGUUCAAAAAAGCAACCCACAGCCACAAUACAAUCCACCGUGGGUUCAUGAAGAUCCAAACAGUAAUAAAGUCCAGACAGACAAUAAUUCAGUACCGUGGAGAUCUCAAGAAACUGAAAGAUCAGCGCCCAAUUCUUUUCCAGAAACAAGGUAUCAGUCCUCAAUAUCUAUUCCAAUUUCACCAAGAAAACAAGCGCCUCAACCCCAAUAUAACAACAGUCCAUCUCAAAAGGAAGUCGUUUAUGUUAAUCAAGAGCCCGUCUUUUACUGUCCAGAUAGUCCAAAAUCGAUACCACCUUGGGUAAAAACGCAAAAGGAAAAGACAAAAACACCUCCGCCAAUAUGGUGUCAGAGACCUCUAGAUGGAUCAAAGGCAGGCCAAAGAGAAUUGGCUACACCACCAAGGGACACCAGCCAGGAACCUGAGUGGGUUCGAAAGAGUAAUGAAAUGCAAAGAGGUGCACGUGACGUUAUCAGUCCGCCUAAAUAUCAACAAUCUGUGCAACCCAACUGGUCAACGCGACCAUCAGAGAAUCGGAAAAGUCUGCCACGAGACAACAACCAGCAAUAUCAACAGCAACCAACGAGUAGGAUAAUUCCAAUUCAGAUGGAAGUAUCGAGCACGGAGACUCGGAAUCAGAAGCAGCAAGGGAAUCAACAACCACAGUUACGAAUUAUAAUCGAUAUGAAACAGAAUCCCGAUCAGAGCCAACCACAAUCACAGGCGCCGUAUUCACAACCAACGCAGCGUAUUAUGAGAGUGCUUUCACCGCAAUUGGUGAGGAUGGACGAAGGAACUGCAGACCGAGAACUCCCAACACUGAAUAGAGCUUUCCAGAAUCAAGACAGUCAACCAAAAACUCGAAUAAUACCCAUUCAAGUGGAAGAUGGUAAUGGUGGCGCAAACAAAAGAGUGUACUACCACAAGAUUGCUUGUGAUGCUCCACAGCGGCAGUCGAAAUCAUUCAAAGUAUUGCAAGUCGUCACUGGAACGGGUCCUGAUCAAAUACAGAUUAUAGAAGACAGGAAAGGGUACACAGACUUAUGAUAAUUGUCCUAGAAAAAUCUCGAAAUUUCCAGAAGAAUCGCCAUGAUGAAGUCAAUUAGUAACAAUACUCCAAAUAUAAAAAAAAA